AGCGCUGGGGGUGGGGGUGGGGCGGGGGGCGGCGGCAGGAGCUCACGCUACUUCCGCCCAUCUGCCGCAGCUGCUCCAGUCCAUCGCGGACGGGUCAGCCUCGUGUUCCUGGCCUGGGGUUGGCUCUGGAAGCGGCCAUCUUCUGUGAGCCCCGAGGCCCCAGUUCGGGCCGACGCUGGGGGGCGGGAGUGGCACCGGAGCCCGGCUCUCGGCCUUCUUCACCGCCGGAGCUCGGGCCUCGCGGCCCCGCCGCCUCACCGCUCUCUCUCAUUGGUCCAAAGUUUUUCCCCCGGCCGGGGAGCCGCUUCCCCAUUGGUCCUUGGGGUGUCACGUGCCCCCGCUAGAGGUCGGAAACCCAGGGAUCCGGGAGCAAGUUGAUUGAAGACUGAGGCCACCCAGGAGCUGGGUCAGGUGGUGUCUGUUGAGGUCCCCAGGGACUACUCGACCAACUAUGGAGUCUUCCAGCCCGGAGUCGGAUAAUAGCUGGGUGAUUGCUGGCUCUGAGGGCUGUUUGCCAGUAGAGACGCUGGGUCCAGAGUCUGAGGCAGCCCCGCAGACCUCAACGGGUGACCUUCCAGGAACCUUGGAUGGAGAGGCGCCUGCUGUUCACAAGAACCCUCCUGUCCAGCCUGGUGCCUGCCCUCCAGAGGAGACAGACACCAAGGUUUCCCCGGAAAGCAGCAGCAAGAGCUUGGACCUCCCAAGCCCAGAUGAAGAGCAAACAAAGGCCGAGCAGCCAGAGGCAACGGAAGGGGCCCAGUUGGAAUCAGACAUCCUGGAUCACAGGGAGCCAAGCCCUCCAAAGAAUGGCCCUUGGUCCUCUAAAGCAGAUCAGAUUGGUGAGGAAUUGAGCUGCUCGAGCAGUGAGGAUGACCUUGAUAUGGAGGGCCUGAGGAGACGUCGGGGCCGGGAGUCCAGUCCACGUCGUCCUCCAGCCUCCUUGGGUGCACACAAUCAGACCAGCAAUGAGGGAGGAAGUGGGGAGCUCGGGCUCACCCUGAAUGCUUGUCUCCUUGGAGCUCUGUUUCUUGUGGGGCUCGGCUUCCUCUUCUUCUCCGGGCCAGUGGAGAACUUGGAGCCACAAGUGACUCCAGAGUCUGAGUCUCAGGACAUUGAGGAUAUCCAGGAUGGACUGAGGCUGCAGCAACAGGCCCAUUCCCUGCCUGGAAGUCUCCCAAGCCUCCAAUCUAUGAGCCUCCUGCUGGACAAGCUGGCCAAGGAGAACCAAGACAUCCGGCUCCUUCAGGCCCAGUUGCAGGCUCAGAAGGAAGAGCUCCAGAACUUGCUACACAGACACCCGGGGCUGGAGGAGGAGAAUGAGAGGCUCCGGGGGGCCCUGCAGCAGCGAGAAACAUCCCAGCGGGUGCUGGAGUCUGAGAUGCAGGAGCUCCGGAGCCGUCUUGGGGAGCUGGAGGAGACUUACUCAAGGGGGGUAGAUGGGCCCUGCAACAGCCAGAGUGCAGGGAAGACCCCCCAGGAGGCAGCCCCGGGGCUGGCUGAGCCUCCGGGCUUCCUGGAGCAGAAGGAGCGGUUGGAGGCCGAGGCCCAGAUGCUGCGCAGGGAGCUAGAAAAGCAGAGGCUGCUGCUGAGCUCGGUGCAGAGGGAUCUGGAGAGGACCCUCCAUGAGUCAGGGCUGGGGAACAGGGACCGAGCAGAUCUGGUGGAGUUGGGUCAGAAGCUGGCUGUGGAGCUUCAGGGAGCAGAGAGCUGGGGCCCCAGGAAGGGCCCGGCCAACACAUCUGAGGCCUGGGGGCAAGGAGAAGCCCACUUCACAAGCCUCAGGGAGCCUAGUCGGAAGGAGAAAUGGAAGGCCAGGCAAGGGGACCACAAGGCAGAGAAGUGGAAACACAAGAAGGAAGAGUAUGUUGGGGAGGGGAAGAAGAGCUUCAGGGGCAAAGGAGAUGGGGAGUCAGAGAGAUGGAAGGCUGAGAAGCUAGGCCCAGCAGAAUUGGGAGGCAAGAAUGGCAGGGAAUGGAGAGGUAUGAAGGAGCAUCCCAAGAAGAGCUGGGGAGGCACAAGAGGGAGUGAGGGGCCUCACCCAUCUUGGGAGGGCCAGAAGCACACAGCACAGAGGGAAGCCGCCAAGGGGAGCGGCCCUGGCCAUCAUGAUCCCCAGCUGGCCUGGAAGAAGGUACUGGGCCGCAAGUACCGGGUACCUCAGGGCUGCUCAGGUGUAACUGAGUGUGCGCACCAGGAGGGGCUGUCCAUGUUUGGUGUGGAGUUGCCUCCUGUUCGGAAGCAGGAGCUGGCAUCACUGCUGCAAAAAUACUUGGCUCGGCUGCCCUGGGGCCAACGGCUUCCUGAACCUCUGUCCUUACUGUCCACCUACUUUGGUGAUGAUGGCAUCUUCCGCCAUGACCGCCUUCGCUUCUGGGACUUUGUGGAGGCCAUGGAGGACAGCCUGGAGGAGGCUGCAGUCAGAGAGACAGGAGAUGACGAUGAAGUCGAUGACUUUGAGGAUUUCAUCUUUGGCCAUUUCUUUGGGGACAAGGCACAGAGGAAGAGGUCUGGGAAGAAGGACAAGUAUCAGAAGGGCCCCAGAAGCUCAGGGCCCAAGGAGAGGCCCAGACAUUACCGGGAAGGCUGAGGAAGAGGGCUGGAGGGGCUCAGUGCCCAGGGUUUGUCUAUGGCUCGCUGCUCUGCCCAGCCAUGAGAGACGCUAGGGGACCCUAGCCUCCUCUGGUCUUUAUUUAUCACUGCAUGUGUGUGGUGUAUUUGGGGAGGUCUGUGACACAAGUUGGGGGACAUGGGGACAUUAAAGCAAGAUCUCCCUCUGGCACUGGCAUUGCCUCCACUCCCAGGAUUAGGUAGGUCCAGAGUGGGGGGGGGGACUGAGCAGGAGCAGAAAAGAGCUCAAACUCCAGCUUGCUCAGGAGAUACCUUUAGCUUGAAAAUGCUCUGACACUGCUUACACUUAUUUACGUGUGUAAAUACAGUUGGGCCCUCUUCACCCUCUCAGGUUCCUAGAAGGAGACCUUGUUGACUCUGGGGCCGUGCAGGUUGUGCCCAAGUGGGCUGUUCCUUUGUGUGUGAGGGUGUGUGUGCUUAUGUGGGUGUGUACUUGUGUGUUUGUAGGAGUGGGGCUAUAGCACUGAGGGCAGAGUGUAGGGGAUGAAAGCAGGUGAGGUGGGCUUUGAUCAAGAGGCAGGAUAAAUGCUCUCUUUGCCCCUUUUUGUGUCCUCGUGAGGGGACGGUAACAGGGGUACCUAGGUGGCUCCUGGGAACACUCCCCGCCCCCUCUCCAGCCAUGAUUUGUUUGGUCAUUGUGGGAUGUCAUUUGUGGCUGAGGCUCUGGUACCCACUUAGAUUUGUCUGUAGGUAUAAAGUUGGGAGGCUGACUCCCUUGCUUCCAGGCUUUUGACUUGAUCACUUUUUCAACACAACUCAAUAAAGUGCCUUUGUAAGCAA